AUGGCCAGCAUGGAAAACAUGUACGUAUUUGCAUCACCUACAGAAUACGGCCAAUACCUCGCUCAGAGUUCGAAGAGCGAGUUCGAGAGACUUACGCAUACCGAUAAAUACGACACAUAUUUUAUAAAUCUCGGCAUUACCAAGAGUAGUAUCCAGGGUGGUACGCAGGAAGAAAACCGAAUGAUUAGGCAACGUUUUAUGCAUGCUUUGGUGGGGCAGCUCUGGAUGGAAGGUCGCAUCAAAAUAGGUCGAUAUCAGUGUAUGCAGGAUGCAAAAUAUUGA